AUGGAGCAACUUGCUGAAUCAAAGACGGAGGUGCUGCAGUACUUUUUGAACUGGGACGAAAAAAAGUGCCAGGAAGAAUGGGAGGCAAAAGACGAUACGGUCGUUGUGGAGGCACUCGAGAAACUUGGAGUUUUUCAGCGUUUGCGUUCUAUGACAAGCGCUGGACUGCAGGGUCCGCAGUACGUCAAGCUGCAAUUUUGCAGGCAUCAUCAACAGCUGAGGAACAGGUAUGAAUUAAGUUUAGGAAUGCACUUGCGGGAACAGAUUGCGCUGGGAGUUAUCCCAUCUAAACCGCCGCAUUGGACGCCUUUCCUCUCGAUGCUGAUAGGCUUGUUCUACAAUAAAAUAUUUCGGCAGAAACUGGAGUAUCUUUUGGAGCAGAUCUCGGAGGUGUGGUUAUUACCACAUUGGCUUGAUUUGGCAAACGUCGAAGUUCUCGCUGCAGAUAACACGAAGUACCACUGUACAUGCUGA